AUGGAUGAAUGCAGUUCAGAAAUAGGUUCUUCCAAUGGUGCAUCAGGCCAUUCACCUAUCACCAUUACGGAAACCUCGCCACGGAAAUGUCCUGCAACUGACGAUGAGUGUACUUCACUGCAAUCACUUUAUGACAAGUACAGCGUUCAGCAGAAAGAAAUAGAACGGUUAGAAGAACAGAAUUCGGAAUACCGCGAAAAACUGCUGAAAACGAUUCGAGAACGUGACUUGAAUGAGGAGCUUCUGCGCAACCUACGUGACGCACAAAAGAAAGAGACGUCUGAAUUCGAAAAACGUAUACGGGACUAUGAAAUACAGUUAAAGGCUGUACAGGAGCGAGCUGCUGCCCAGGAAGCUCACUACAGUGUGACUAUGAAAGAUCUUUCGUUAAAGUACAACACUUCAGUUAGCCAGUUGACUAAGAAAGCAGAUAUCGCUGAGAAAGAGAAAAACGAUGCGGUAAUAAAGUAUGCUACGAGAGAGGCGGAGAUAAUGCGGAUACGAAAUGAGAUACAGAAAAAAGAACAGGAACUCGUUGAGUGUCAAAAAGCUAAGGAAGAGCUACAACACUGCCAAAGCCAGGAGAACAUUGAGCAAUUGGAGAAAGCAAACAACAGUCUACGGGUAGAACUUGAACAGGCUAAGCACGAGAAAUUUGAUUUGGAAAACAAAUUGAAAAUGUCAGAGAAAAGAGCAGAGGCCUGCAAUACCACAUCAGUUGAGCUAAAGCAACACAACGAUGUGCUUCGGAAGCAGCUCAUACAAAUGAAGGAGGAAAAGAGACAACUCCAAGAGAGAAUCCCCGCUGUCGUUGAAGACACAGAAUCGCGCCGAAUGCACGAGUCAGAAGAGUUGAGCCGUUCACAGCAAGACAUGGAACGUCGACUAACUGAAGCCAAUGCUCAGUGUGCUCAUCUCAGUGAUGCAAAUCGCGAGGCUAACGCAAGGCUUGAAGAAGUGACGCGUGAGAAUCUCGACCUUAUGAACAAACUGCAAGACCUCGAAGAUAAGUUAUCACUGGAAGAAGAGGCUCAUGCGGCAGCAUCGAUUGAGAUUGCGAGGUUACAGGGUAUUGAAAAACAAGUUCUAAGCAGUCAAAAACAGGCGCAACGAGCGAAAGAUGCUCAAGAGCUGGCAGAAAAAGACCGAGAGGUUGCUGAAAAGGAAGCUGAAGAAUGCCGUCAGCAAGCUGAAAGAAUGCUAGCGAUCACCGAGCAACUCACGGAACGAAACAGUCAGCUAGCCGGAGAUGUGGCUGCUGAGAGAGAGAAGGAGAAAGAUCUUGAAGAGGCUACCGGAAGUGGACAGACUGAGAUCGCGUCAUUGAAAAGUGAGCUUAAUGAAAAGAUCGUGAAAGUCCAACAGCUAACUCAACGGUUGCAAGAAGAGCGAACUGAUAACGUGGCGCUCAAGAAGAAGUACAUGGCAAAUAUCAAAGAGCUGAAACAUGAACUGUCAAGCCUUCGAAAACAAGUGGAUACGAGCAGCGCCCAUGCUCCACUAGCCCCACCUCAAUCAGGAGAUUCAGUGCCAAGUACGAGUUCGCGAUCAAGAGCAAGCUCGUUGAAUAGCCUCGACAGAGUGACGACGGUUUCCCGAGACGAAGACAGCGCUCAGUCAGCGCAAGCGUCAACAGAAUCCACUGCUAUUCAACAAGUUAUGAUAGAUAAGAUUAUUGUAUUGCAAAAGAAGCUCGCGCGAAGAAAUGAUAAGAUCGAGUUCUUGGAAGAACACGUCCCGUUAUCACGAAAAGGUGCUUCUUACUCGUUGAUGGGAUCGAUUUUCACUACGGGAAGCGAGAAAAGAUCAUUACAGCUAGCUACUGAAGUAAACUCUCGGUUACAAGCUGUAUUGGAACUUCGUAUAAUCAACAAACAUACACUCGCUUAA